AGUUGCCACAUUUACUUUCUCUGGUGUGAUCAUCCUUUGUUAACAUCCCAGGCACUGUAAAGAGUAGGACGUUAACUUUGUCUCUUCCAAGCUACGGAGCCAUUUGAAAGACUACUACAGAAAGUAAGCGCUGAAAGGUUGUACAUCAUAAUCUACAAUAGGAAAAAAUUGUCUGCCAGAGUAAGGCUUAAGCAACGAACGGCAUUCUCGCCCUCACCACACCAACCGCUCUGCUCCCAGCCUCCUAAGCAGUUGCCCACGCGCCGCCACAAAUACCACAUUCUUCAACUCAAAUCAACUCCAGGAUGGCAGACAAGGAACCCAAGGUUGGUGCCGCCACGUCGUCUUCACCGUCAGUGACGCCGAAGAGUUUGGUGACGGAAAACCACGUGCGGGCAGCGCUCAUGUCAGACAAGGGCGCUGCCGCACAACUCACCGCCUGGAAGGUCGUGGACUUCACCAAGAAGGGCGACAAUUAUACCUGUUUAGUGACCAGCGUCGAGGUUAAGUAUGAGAUCGACGGCAAGAGCUCAGAGGUGGUCUAUGUGGUAAAGAUUAACUCAGGAAAGACCUUUGGAGGUGAAAACAUGUUUGACUUAUUCUUCGAGAAGGAGUGCAAAUUCUUCCUCGACAUCGCACCGCAGAUAAACUCUGCACUAAGAGAAAUUGGUCACACAGAGAUCAACGUUCCCAAAUGCUUCCAUAUAAGUCUAGAGAAAGGAAAGGAAGUAAUCUUCCUUGAGGACCUACGAGCCAGAGGCUACAAAAUGGCUGACCGCAAGCAAGGGCUGGACGAGGCUCACACUACCCUUGUGCUAAGGGAGCUGGCCAGACUCCACGCCGCCUCCCUCCUACUGCAGAACAAGACUCCAGACAAAGCCCUUGGGGAAAAGUAUCCUGUUUUGAAGAUAGGGAUAGAUUAUUUUGUUAACAACCAUGAUGGAUUAUUGAAUAUGAUAAGAGAAAGCGCAACAGUUGUUCAAACUAUAAUGAAAAACGUAGGGGGAUACGAGAAAGUAACUGCAUGGAUAGACACAAUCAUUCCUAGGAUAGCAGACAUCUUCUCCGAACAACUACAACGUGGCGAGCCUAAGGUGGUGUGUCACGGAGACUGCUGGAUCAACAACCUUCUCUUCAGGUACAGCGAAACCGGCCACCCCGAGGACGUGAUGCUCCUCGACUUGCAGGUGGUAAACUACAGUUCCCCGGCCGCCGAUCUCAACUACCUCCUCUAUACCAGCAUGACGGGGAACGUCAGGAAGCCCAACAUUGAAGCCUUCCUGGGUUCCUACUACACCACUUUCAAGAACAUAAUGGAGGCUGCCGGCCAGACAGUACCGUUCUCGCAGGCGCAGCUUCUCAAGGAUUUCAGGGACAGGAACCUCGUCGGCACAAUAUUCACUAUAAUGAUUGUGCCAGUAGUGCUCUCUGAGACAGAAGGCGCAGUAGACUCUUCAAAAAACGAUGAAGAUCUUGAAGAAACGUUUCGUAAAGCAACAGAGAAGGCGUUGGAAAAUGUUGACGCAAAUCUUCUUGUGAAGUCGAGACUUUUGUCUGUUUUCGACGAAAUGAUGGAACUAGGAAUUAUUCCAUGAGAGAGAGAGAGAGAGAGAGAGAGAGAGAGAGAGAGAGAGAGAGAUCUUUAUGGAUACAAUACAAAUAUUAAAUGUUCAUUUAUCAAGCAGUAAACACCUGACGUGAAUAAAAACAUUUCCAUAAACAGAUGAUAUCAAUAACAGGUUUCCAAGUAAGCUGAACACAUACGUACAAGUGAUCUUAUAUCACAGUUAUUUUCUUUCAUGGUAUCCUCCACAUCAAUCAAGCAAAGGUGGAACCGGAAAUGUUAACAAGUAAUGAGAGGCAAUACAGGAACAGGAGCCCAAAGUAAUACUUGAUUGCUUAAUGCAACGACGUGCAUCAACACGUGGAAAUCACGCUAAUUGUUUUUAGACCUCUAAUUGCCUUAACAUGUUGGUGUUCAGAGACUUGCCAUACGCCAAUCCUUCGCCACUCACAAGGCGGUGGCGGUGGUUGUCGCUGUCGUACUUAAAAAAUAAAUUAUAUAAGUAAGAAAGUACAAGUCUGUGUCACGAUGAGUUGCAACUUUUUAGGGACGCACCUCAUCACCGUUCUCCCACAGUCACACUCCCCACACCACCAGUUCCCCAUCACAGUCACCAAGACUCCGCCUCCCGUCUCGCACCAACCUCUAGGAUGGCAGACAAGGGUAGGUGACUUAGCGGGACGCUGUGUGAUGUGUUGAUGUUUGCUUGAGACGUGAUUGAGACUAAGAAGAAUGUGUUGAGAAACUCCAUGUUUUUUUCAAUGUUAUGAUCCACUUUCGUGUCCUGAUUUAUAUAUAAGCAAGUCUCUUUAAUUGUGAGCACUUGAAACCCUGCAUCCCUCCCCUGUCCUCUACCUACCUUGUGUGAUUUCUCUCCACCCUUCUGAGCUCAGCAUCUACUCGCAUCGGGAGUCUGUUUGCAAAUAGAUGAUCGCUGUAUUUAUAAUACAAUGAUGCAGUGCUGUGUUUUAUGUGACUGGUUAUCGCUUGUACAUCUUUGUUACUUCUGUACGAAAGAACAAUAUUUUACAAUAUUUUUACCUUGGCUGUAUUUGAUAUUGCAUAGUUUUGUUUGAAAAAAUUGCCUUUGAGAUCAUAGGACGCAUCCCUUUUAUUUAUUUUUAUUUUUAUUUUCAUUAGUUAUGUGUGUCGUUAUACUGUACGAGUAUUCGGUGUACAACCAAGAGUUAUGGAAC